GAGUCUUUCUCGCCUUCUUACAGUCAAAGCCAGUACUCACAUCAGCCACCACCACUGUCUCAGUAUCAACCAUAUCUCCUCCCAUUACAAUCUCCACAGUUUCGCCACAUUCCCAGACCGCAGAAAUUGCAGAUUCAUAAUCUCUGCACGCAAGUUCUCCACCAAAUUUGGCGGAAUAGAAACGAGGACGAAAAUGGAGAGGGAUUCUUACUCUAGCCUUCUCUGUUUGGAUGAGGAUGUAGUGGAUGAAGAAGCCUUCAUUAGCUUCAAAAACUGCACACCUUCGGAUACUGAAGAUGAUGAGUACGUACAACUGUUGGUUGAUAGAGAGAUGAGUUUUGGGAUUAAAACAAACCAUUCAUUCUUGAUUUUGAACUGGGUUAAGCUUGCUCGUCUCGACGCAGUCGCAUGGAUUCUCAGAACAAGAGCGGUGUUUGGAUUCCGCUUCCAAACGGCCUAUCUGUGUGUGGCUUAUCUGGAUCGGUUUCUUUCGCGGCGAGCCAUUGAUAGCGACAAAACAUGGGCGAUUCGAUUGCUGUCAGUGGCGUGUCUUUCUUUGGCGGCGAAGAUGGAGGAAUGCAGAGCUCCGGCGCUAUCGGAAUUCGCUGUUGAAGAAUACAAUUUUGAGAGCAAGGUGAUUCAGAGAAUGGAGCUCUUGGUAUUGAAUACAUUGGAAUGGAGGAUGGGUUCAAUUACUCCUUUUGCUUUUAUUCAUUACUUCAUCACAAAAUUUUGCAAUCAAUCUCCACCACCAAAUGUGGUAUCAAGGACUGUACAACUCACCAUGGCUAUAAUGAGAGAGAUAAAUCUAAUGGAUCAUCGACCAUCUGUUAUUGCCGCUGCAGCAGUAUUGGUGGCAUUGGAUCAGAGAUUAACAAGAAAUGAAUUGGAGUCUAAGAUGAAUGCCAUCUCUUCAUGUGGAUCUCUUCAACCUGAGGAUGUGUUUUCAUGCUAUAGUGUAGUGCAGGGGCUUGACAAGGAGAAGUGUGCACUUUCACUAAACCCGUCCACUACCCAAUUGAGGCCAGCCGUUGAUGUGCAUGAAAAUUCUUCAGUUACUUCUGCCGCUAGCACCAAAAGAAAAAGGCUUACCUUCUAUGAUUGUGAUCCAAAUUAUGGAAUACCCAAUGAGAAGCGACCUCGCUAGCAAAAAUCCCGGCUGUGGUAGCUUUAGUAGAUGAUUAUUGGGCUAAUGGGUCUUUCUUAAUUACCAGUUUAUGGAUAUAAUUCAAGGUUGAUUGAGUGUCUCAUCAAGGAAACUAAUAGAAAGGGGAAACAGAAGAGGAAAAAAGUACACACACAACAAAAAAAAAAAAAAAAAGAAGAGGAAGGGAAAGCUUUAUGCAACAUAUAAAAGCUGAUUGUCAUAUUAGUCUGAAGACACAAGGCGGAAAGGAGGCCCUUGGGAGGUCUUUUUGAACGCUGCUUGUGAAACAGCCAUUCCGCUUUACGGUUACUUGUUCAAUCUUUUUAUUUUUUUUCAUUUCUAAUUUUCUUUUUAUUUCUUUGCUGUAUUUCCAGAUUUAUUAAGCCUUGCAGCCCUACCUUUUGAUGGGGUGCUUGUGAUGCUUUCCAUGUUUUUGAAAAGGCUGAAAGCAAUGAGGAGUGAGGGGGGAUGGGGGAUGGGGAAGAGUAGCAGCAGCAGCAGCAACUAUUUGUGUGAUUUGAUUCAUGUGUGUUGGAUACACUAGCCAUCGAAAAAAAGUUUGUAAAGGUGAAUGUGAUUGGAUUUGUUUGAAUGUUUGGGGAUGCCUUUAAAGGUGGACCCUGCUCGUUUCCUGUGUAGCUUGCCUGUGUUGAGGGGGCCAUCAAAGAAAAAAAACCCCUCCAACACAUCGUUUGUGGAAUCAAAAAGAAUUUCUAUGUUGAUCGUA